AUGGGAGAAGCGCAAAUAUGGGUAAUCGCAAAUAUGGGAAAAACGCUAAUAUGGGAAAAACGCAGGUAUGGGAAAAACGCAAAUAUGGGUAAAACGCAAAUAUUUGAAAAACGCAAAUAUGGGAAAAGCGUAAAUAUGGGAGAAUCACAAAUAUGGGAAAAACGAAAAUUUGGGAGAAGAGAAACGCAAAUAUGGGAAAUACGCAAAUAUGGGAGAAGACGCAGAUAUCGGGAAAGACGCAAUUAUGGGGAAAGACGCAAUUAUGGGGAAAGACGCAAUUAUGGGGAAAGACGCAAUUAUGGGGAAAGACGCAAAUAUGGGGAAAGACGCAAAUAUGGGGAAAACGCAAAUAUGGGGAAAACGCAAAUAUGGGAAAAACGCAGACGCAAAUAUGUGAAAAGACCCAAUUAUGGGGAAAGACGCAAUUAUGGGGAAAGACGCAAUUAUGGGGAGAGACGCAAUUAUGGGGGAAAACGCAAAUAUGGGGAAAGACGCAAAUAUGGGGAAGACGCAAAUAUGGAAAAAACACAAAUAUCGGGAAAACGCAAAUAUGGGGAAAACGCAAAUAUGGGGAAACCGCAAAUAUGGGGAAAACGCAGAUAUGGGGAAAACGCAAAUAUUGGGAAAACCAAAUAUGGGGAAAACGCAAAUAUGGAGAAAACGCAAAUAUGGCGAAAACGCAAAUAUGGCAAAAACGCAAAUAUGGCAAAAACGCAAAUAUGGCAAAAACGCAAAUAUGGCAAAAACGAAAAUGUGGCAAAAACGAAAAUGUGGCAAAAACGAAAAUGUGGCAAAAUCGAAAAUAUGGCAAAAACGCAAUAUGCCACAAAUGCAAUAUGGCAAAAAUGCAAUAUGGCAAAAACGCAGUAUGGCAAAAACACAAAAAUGGCUAAAACGCAGAUAUCGGAAAAACGCGAAUUUGUGAAAAACGCAGAUAUGGGAAAAACGCAAAUAUGGGAGUAG